AUGUCAUUUGACAUCACCCAAAUGCGACUCAAGGGUUAUUUAACUCCGCUCUCUUUACUAGGCGUCAUUCGAACUCGGGAAGUUCUCACCAAGGAUUCACCAAAAAUUUACAUUUUUCGCGUGCAGUACAGGGACUGUGGAGUCUUGCGGGUGGAGACCGUUACUGCGGUGGUGAAUAUCAAGGUUAUCGAAAACUCCUGCGAACCCAGAUGGAAGGGACUACCCCAGUCAGUGUACUACUCGUUAGCCGAGCCUCAGCCGAAGCGUCUUCUGUGGCCGCAGUCGUACACACUGGAGAUGUGCGGAAUGACUUGCGAAGAUAGCCCUAGGAUUGUGACCCAAGUCAGUCUUAACCACGGUCGUCCUGACAUGACGCUCUACCCGGCUAACCCCGCCUUUUGUCGUCACGAUCCCCGCAGUCUCUACGAACAGAGAAAACUUUGUGGUAAGCCUUUGCUGUUUCGGUUGCUACAACUAUUCCAUCUGUUUGCCUCACCUUCUGAAUUCAGAAAGAGUUUUAAAAGUGGCUUCACUGCUAUUUUAUUGUGGAAAUUUAUGCCUGAUCUAAUAGCAGUCUGUAAUUGUGGCGUAUCAAGUAACAUCCAAUGGGAAUAA